AUGAGGGGCUGUUUACAGCCACGCACGCAGGUUGUAGACGCUUCGUUCCUUCCGCUAGCUGGUUGUCAGGGUUGCGAGCCGGGGAGCGCGAGGGCUGCCUACGGCCCGGCGCCGGCUGCCGCUGGGCGGACGAUGGGGCUGAGCGAGCGGGAGCGGGCCGGGUGUCGGGUCCUGCUGGAGCAGAUGGCGACGGACGAGCUGAUGGCGCUGACAGACACGAUCACCAACCGCCUGGUGCUGCCGCAGAGCCGACAAGAAGCCAUCCAUGCAAUUUUAGUUUACAGUCAAAGUGUAGAAGAACUCUUGAAACGAAGAAAAGUCUAUCGAGAAAUAAUUUUUAAAUACCUGGCAAAAGAAGGAGUUGUGGUGCCACCUUGUUCUGAAAAACACCAGCUCAUUCAUCAUGCAAAGCAAUACUGGAGUGGGCAGCUGACAGAUCGUGUUGCAGAGACAGAGGAUAUUAAUCCAAAUAAACAGAGCUAUGAACAGAAACAAAAACAACAGGAAGAGAAUGAUUGGCACAGACUAGGAAGAGAAUUCUGUCAGUGGUUCUUUGAACUUCUCAACUCUCAGCAUCCUUUGGGGAGACAAUCCAAAGAACAGUGGGGACCACAGCAUUUCUGGGAGGAUGUCAAACUGAAAUUUUGUUACAACACGUUAGAAAAAAACAUGGAAGAAUACGUUGGUGCAGAAUUGGUGAGCCUCCGUUUACUCUCAUUGGUGAAAGAGGAGUAUCUCUUACUGAACCCCAACUUGGGUGCUGGUGGACUGAAGUGUGUAAUUUCUCCACAUGGGUUAGUAGUGGUGGCGGUAGCUGGCACAGUACAUAGAGGCAACAUUUGCUUGGGCAUCUUUGAACAAAUCUUUGGACUCAUCCGCUGUCCAGUUAGCGAGAAUACCUGGAAAAUAAAAUUAGUGAACCUUAAAAUAGUUGGAGAAAAUGCUCUGGAGCCUGGGACACAAGUGCAAAAGCCUUCCAUAAAAUAUGAAUCGAAUGAACUGCGAGAGCUAUAUGAUGGGAAAGAACUGAGCUUGGUUGAACCUCAAAUUCUGAGGAAUGUGCGUACAGAAUUGGGAGAAUAACAGUUGUUUGAAGAACAAUACAGCAGUUGUGCAUUCUUGAAUGUUUAAAUGACUUCAGACUUGUGGUGAUGUCUAUUUCUUUAGUCAGGUUGCUAAGUUGAUGACGUGCCAAAGUACUGAGUGAAAUACACUUAAAGAGCCCCACUGCUUUUGGGUACCCAUCCUCCAUACUAACAUGUAAUUGAAAAAGUUGCUUCAGGACUUAGAACUGCACAACACAUGUUUAGAAAUGAAAUAACUUUAUUUUUCU